UUGGAGGAGUGUGUGGAGUGUGUUCAUGUUUCUUCCAGACACAGUGAAGCUCUAAACUUAGUUUUUUUUAUAUAAAUGAACUUGAGUUUAUUUAGACUUUCUGACAGGACGUUUAUGGAUUCGUGUUGAAUUCUCCGGAGCGUUUUGAGGGCUCAGAAAUGACCAUGUUAACCUGCAGGGUUCAGUUUCUUGAGGAUACGGAUCCGUUCGUGUGUACUAACUUCCCUGAACCUCGCAGACCUCCUCAGUACGACUUUAAUGAGCAUUUACCUCUCAUAGAGCAGAUAGCAGGAGUCCACAAACUUCUCCAGGCUCCGUUAAAGUUAGAGGAAUGUGCGCUACAGGUGGCUCCGAAUGGAAACUACCUGGAUCUGGAUUCCUCGCUGGUGGAGCAGAAGGACGAUCUGGAGCAGUUCUAUGAUGAUAUAGCUGUCGGUAAAAAGCCCAUCUUGAUCCUUCGAACCCAGCUGUCAGUACGUGUCCACUCUAUCCUAGAGAAGCUGUAUAACUCCCAUGGGCCUGAGCUGCGGCGUUCACUCUUCUCCCUAAAGCAACUCUUUCAAGAUGAUAAGGACCUGGUGCCAGAGUUUGUGAAUUCUGAUGGCUUGACCUGCUUUAUAAAAGUGGGUUUAGAAGCAGACCAGAACUACCAAAACUACAUUCUGAGAGCUUUGAGUCAAAUCAUGUUGUUCGUGGAUGGCAUGAACGGAGUCAUAAACCAUAAUGAGAUGAUACAGUGGCUGUACACACUUUGUGGCAGCCUGUCUCGGCUGGUAGUGAAGACCGCUCUGAAGCUGCUGAUAGUGUUUGUUGAGUACACCGAGUUGAACAGCCCUCUGCUUAUUCAGGCUGUCAACGUUGUGGAUGGCAAGAGAGGUUUGAAGGCCUGGUCUUACCUGAUGGAUAUCCUGGAGGAGAAGAAUGGAUCAGAUACAGAGCUACUGGUCUUCACUAUGUCCCUUAUCAAUAAGAUUCUAGCAGCUUUACCUGACCAGGAUUCGUUCUAUGACAUGACAGACUGUCUGGAGCAACUGGGGAUGGAAUGCAUCAUGCAAAAACACGUGAGCAACCGAGGCGUUGACCUUGACCUCAGACAGCAGUUCACCACAUAUGAGAAUGCUUUGAAGUACGAAGAUGAAGAGAAGGAUGACGCGUCUCCCUACGUCCGAAAGGAACGAAGAAAAGCUUCAAACAAUGAGCAGGAGAGUAGGAAGAGCCGGCGUUCCUCUGCACAAAACCUUUCAGAAGUUCCUUUAUCUUCAUCUUUGUCUGCUUCAUCAUCCUCAUCCUCAAACAGUCCUACUACAGGUACCAUCUCCCCCCUGCCCUCAGUCACCACACCCUCACCUUUCCUCCCUGCUCGCACAAGCCCUGUGCCAGUCAGCCCCUCCGAUAGUACACCGGAGCCUGAAUCCCCAAGUUUAACCCCUCUUGUGCCCCGUAUCGUUGAAAAUGAAACGUCCCCCAGUGACUUCGAUGUGGAGCAGCGGCUGGGACGCUCAUUCAUGAGUCACUACCUGGCUAAUAUGGGGAUAUCUAGGCGGAGGUUAAAAAAGGCGGGGUCUGUAACAAAGGAGGCCUCAUCUCCCUCUAAAAGCCUCAGCGUGUCGUCUCCAGCAGAUUCACCUUUCCAGGAAAACCAGCAGCCAGCGCAGAAAGAGCCGAGCAGCACCGAGGGGAGAGGACUCUUUAGAGACCAUUUUUUGCGGAGUCUGGAGGCUAGGGAGUUGGAGAAGCGUAUUGGGAAGGAUAAGGAAAAGAAGCCGCAGGGUAAAGAACCGAUCGACGGCGUUUCACCUAGCCCAGACAUCUACUCUCACUUAACUGAACAAGCGCAGCCAGCCUCAGAAGAAAUGGGCCAGAGCCGUGCUCAGGAGCCUCAGUUUAAAUGGAGAGAGUCCAGCAACAGCAACGUCUCUCUGAGCACACUGGAACAACCAGCAAAAUCAGAAACAAACCACCACAAUGAAACCGGUAGAGGCAGAGGGAAUGGGCACAGCACGCUCUCCAAUGACAGUAAAUUCAGGCUGGAAAUGCUUUACUCAAAAUCCUCCACCCCUAAGAACUUAAAGAGCCCCAGUGUAGAAGACAGCAGUGUGGAGACACUUGGUAUCUCUGGGCUGGCUGGUCGUCUGUCCAGCCUAAAGUCUCGCUCCCAUGAGCCCACUGAGGAUGUCUCCUGCCGUUCUGAUUUAGAGGGACUAGAGGGUAGUGCCCAGGCUGCUCGAAACAAGGUAACAGAUCUGCAGCUUAAACGAAUACGCCCACAGUACAGCAUUGAUGCUGAGAACCACUCGCUGUCUCUGGAAAAGACAAUGAUGACGCCUCUGGCCAGGAACACCAAGGAUGGAUGGGACCAACUGCAACCCAAAUCCAGAGAGCUGCGCAUCAAAGACCUGGACUUCUCAGACCUGUUAGAGGAUGAGGAUAUUGACGUCCUGGAUGUGGAGGCUUUCAGCACAAACAUCGCUAAUGGCAUCCCUCCACCUCCAGGAUUAGGAUCCCUUCCUCCCCCACCUCCUCCUCCUCCACCUCCAGGAGUUUCAGGACUAGCUCCUCCUGCUCCUCCCCCACCACCUCCUCCAGGAGGUCUUAGUGUGCCUCCUCCUCCACCUAUUCCUCCGGCACCCUUCCUUUCACCCCCACCCCUGAAUGCAGACCCAGCAUUUGCCAAGAAACGGAAAACGGUCAAGCUUUUUUGGAAGGAGCUCAAGCAGCCAGAGAGCCCUAGGAAGUGCAAGUUUGGCCGGGGCACAGUGUGGGCGUCACUGGAUAAGGUCGCUGUAGAUACUGACAAACUGGAACACUUGUUCGAGUCUAAGGCAAAAGAUCUUCCAGUGACAAAGAAAGGUCCUGAGGUAAAGAAGCUUGAAAUCCUCAUUCUUGAUCCAAAGCGAAGCAAUGCAAUUAACAUUGGAAUGACAGUUUUGCCUGCUAUACAUGUCAUCAAAUCUGCCAUACUCAGCUUUGAUGAAUUUGCCAUCAGCAAGGAGGGGAUUGAGAAAAUCCUCACCAUGAUGCCCACAGAGGAGGAGAAGCAGAAAAUCCAGGAAGCUCAGUUGGCCAAUCCAGAUGUGCCACUGGGUACAGCUGAGCAGUUUCUAUUCACCCUGGCCUCUAUUAGUGGUCUCCCAGCACGUCUGCAGCUUUGGUCCUUUAAACUCAACUAUGAGAGCCUGGAAAAGGAGAUAGCUGAGCCCCUGUUUGACCUAAAGCACGGCAUGGAGCAGCUUGCCACGAAUAAGACCUUCAAGCAUAUCCUGGCAGCACUGUUAGCUAUUGGCAAUUUUCUCAACAGUUCAAAUGCGAAAGCAUUUGAGCUGAGUUAUUUGGAGAAGGUGACUGAGGUGAAGGAUACUGUGCACCGGCAGUCACUGCUGCAUCACUGCUGCAAUUUGGUGGUUGAGAAUUUUCCUGAAACAUCAGACGUUUACUCCGAAAUCUCUGCCAUCACUAGAUCUGCUAAAGUGGAUUUUGAGCAGCUGUCUGACAACCUGGUUCAGCUAGAGAGAAAGUGUAAAACCUCAUGGGACAACCUAAAGGUCUUGGCCAAGCAUGAGACCAAACUCCAGCUGAAGAACAAAAUCACAGAGUUUCUCAAAGACUGCACAGAGAGAAUUAUCAUACUUAAAGUGGUGCACAGGCGCAUCAUCAACAGGUUUCACUCAUUUCUUUUGUACCUGGGUCAGCCCUCAUACUCUGUCCGGGACAUCAAGAUAACUCAGUUCUGUAAGAUCAUUAGUGAGUUCGCUCUGGAGUACCGCACCACUAGAGAAAGAGCGCUCACCAUUAAACGAAAGCGUGCAACCCAGCGAGAGCGCACAAAGACCCGUGGCAAGUUAAUCACAGAGAUGGAGAAAUUCUCUGGAGCAGUCCCAUCCAUCACCCAGGAAAGUCCUGCCCCCAUCUCCAUGACAACAGAAGCAGUGCCAGCCCAGGAGGAGCAUGAGAACAUGAAGAACCUUUUAAUUGCCAACGAUGACCGAACAAACCUGCGCAGAUCCCGUGCUGUACGAACACUGUUGAUGGCUGGCUCUGAGAGCUCUUCCACUGCAAACAUUCAGGAUUGUAAUGAUGAAGGUUUAGGAAGAGUUAGUACAUUGACGUCUGUAAGCAAAGAAGAUGGUGCAAGUUUACAGGACGACGCAACAGACCAGAUCAUGGAUCGGCUGGUCAAGUCUGUUACUCAGAAUCCUACAGAAAGGGCAUCUAGCCCUAAAACACGAAAGCGAUCACGAUUAAACAGGAAAUCAUUGCGACGGACGCUAAAGAGUGGCACGACCUUGGAGGUGGCGCAGGCACUGAGUCUGAGAUGAGAGGAAUUGCAGUUAAUUGACUGAACUAUGAUCAUGGGUUGCCUGCUGGCUGAAAAUGCAUACAUAUUCGGGUUACCCUUUCUAAACAACAUUGUGAUAGUGACGCAUUUUGAAAAGUGAGUAGAGAAAAGAAUGUUUUCUCAGAUGCCUGCUGCAGAUGUACUUCAUCUUUUACUACCUGUCCGGGUAAUGCUAGUUUCUACCAACUUAAAUCUUAAAAUGCUAAAAAAAUUUUAUUUAAAAAUGAGACUCUUGAAAGCAGAUAUCAAGUAUAUGGUCUGUUUGAGUUUUUAUGGGUACAUGAAGUGUUGAACGUUAAAUUUGGUAAUUUAUAUGUACGUUUUUGUAGAAUGUUUCCUACAGGUAUAAGAUUUUUAUUGUAUAUUUAGCACUCAGUGUAAAACUCAGUUGGCUAAAAUUUUGACUGUAGAUAGAGGGGGGAAGAGUAGAAGAGCUUGUGUUCACUGUAGAUAGAGGGUGUGUAUGUAAUGUUUUACACUGAUUUGAGUUUUUUAAUUUUUUUUUCAUUUCAUUUAUAUCAAACGCGUCAAUUGGCAGGUCCACUUCCAACAGGAAACAAAGAGUAACCUGUACAGGGCACCAAUCCAUCGCAGUGCUUUGACCAUCCUUAUCCCACAGACAUAGGCGUUUGUGACUGUGUAGAUGCCCAGCCAGCCGAUAGCACCACUAACAUCUGGAUUCAAACCUGGGCUAGCAUAAUAGACCACUGCGCCAUGCGUGCCUACUGGUCUUUUAAUUUAAAUUUACAUUAUAAAGGUAAGGAUAUUACAUAAGUAUCAGUUAAAAAUAGAUCUUGUUCUCGGGUAUAUGUAAUUGGUCACGCUAGGUUUUCUUCUUUUUGAAUAGUACAUGUGUUACAUGAGGGUAAAUAACAGCCUUGGUUUGAAUACUUGCUUUAAAAACACCACACUUUAUUUUGCACCGGCAAUAGAAGCCACUAUUGAACUACAAUGCAGAGAUUAUAUCCCUGUUUCUUUUUUUAUUUAUGAAUUUUUUUAAUUUGAGUUUUCAGUUCAAUCCUUGAUCAUGUUUGCCUAGAAGACCACUGUUACACUUGUUAGAUUCACUAGUUUAUUUGGCUCACCUGUUAAAAGAAAUGAUACAGUUAAAACCACAUACAAAGCACAUGAGCUUUCUCUAUUUACUGCUUUUUUUUGCACAGGAGGUCGAUCACAGAGUUUUCAGCUAGCUGGUUGCAUCACGUCCCUCACAGUCAUGUUCUUGGUGGACUGUGUGUGAUUUUGCAAUCCUAAAAUUAGAAAUGUAGAAUGCAUGAGUGUUCUUUAUGCUGAAUGUAUUACUGUAGGUGUGCUCCACUGUUAAGAAAAACGUACUUAUGCUUGACCACUUUAGGCACAUGCAUACUCUCUAAUGCAGAUGCAAGUAUUAUGCCCAGUAUUUUUAUAACUUGAUGUGUGUUUGUGUGUAUAUAAGUUUACUUGAGGAAGACCUCUGGAUGUAGAGAAUAAUAAAGCAUUUUAACAGACAA